GCGAGACUUAAUGGGCUUAUUUCUCUUCGCUCCAGCAUGGCUGCGCUGUUUGAAGGAUACACGUUGUGCGGGCUUGUGCCAGCUCAAAAUCUCACAUCUUCAGGUGUACAUGGCAUCAAAUCAGAGAGGGACGAUGACCAUGUAUUAGUUACGGACUCAACCAGAUCAGUCACUCUGUAUAAGGUUUCAGACCAGAAGCCCCUGUGCAGCUGGACGGUAAAACAGGGAGGAAGUUUGACCUGUCCAGUAGUUUACAACUCCAAUACAAAAGAAUAUGUCGCAGUUUCAGACAACAAGGUCAUUCGAAUUUGGAAAGAGGACGACAUAACUUUAGAUAAGGUGUUUAAAGCAACUCUGUCUUCAGAUGUGUGGCAGGUCCACAGUACACAUGGAGCAGAACCUGUGGUCUUGUUUCAAAGAGGAGCUAUAAGACUCCUGGAUUCCAUAUUGGCUGCACCACAACAAAUUGUGGAGGAUGUUUUGGCUCAAGACGAAGACCUCAGGUGGAGCACUCACUUGGUUGCAGAUUUGCAGCAUUGUGUCAUUUUCACAACAGAGCAGAAGGGUGACCACUUCCUGUACCUGCAGCAGUUGAACCCAAAUAGUCUUCAGAAAUACUGUCUUGAAAGAGAGGAGCCUGGUCUCUGUCCUCUGAGCUUCUCUGUUGCCCUCAGAGAUAAGCAUAUCUGCUUGCUUUACCUGUAUCCCAAUGGUCGUGUGUAUCAGAGUAUUAUACCUUUACGAGGUAUUGGUGAUGAUGGCUCUCAGACCCUUACUCUGCCCCGGAGUCUGCUCCUGAGCCUCUCUGUAGGGGAGGGCCUUCUAGAGGCUGCAUCUGCCCUGAUACUGGAUGAAGCACAUGUAGCUGUUGUAGGUGCACCACACCCCUCUGCUGGAGCUGGCAAAGAUUUUCUCUGCAUCUGGAAUAUACAUUUUCAGACCCUUCAGGCUGGGAAAGAGAUGGCUGGUAAAAUCUAUGGUCAGCUUUGGAGAUUCUCCAACAAGUUAUUCAUCCCUCAUGGGAAAUCCCUCUCGGUAAUCCGUUAUGAGUGCUCCAAGUCUUGUCUGGCCGCUGCUGUGGGAAAAAUGAGGCAGGCGAGGAUUGAAGAAUGCAAAGGCCUUUCUUCCGUGCCUUCAUGGAGUAAUAUAUUGCAUGGGGAGAAGGUGCAACCAUCCAGAACAGCAGAUGGCAGAAAAGCGAGAACAAGUCGAAGAAUCCAAUCACUGCCUUCUCUGUCAAUAGAACAGAUGAUGGAACUAAUUAAGACUGAGCCUGUGAAAAAAGUGCAGCAGGAAGUGGACGCUUUUAUUUCUAACACCCCUGACCUUCAGCUUGUUGUGGGACAGCUUGCUUCUGCUCUUGUGUCCAGGAGCCUGUCUGACUUAACAUUCUACACUGGAGGCCUCCUAUCACAACUUGUCCAGUCACGGACACUCUGCCAUAGCAUUUGCCCGGAACUUCUCCUUCUGGCUUUGGAGAAAAAAGACUACUUUCUGUGUCAGCUCUGCUUGCAAUUCUUUCCCGAUAUCCCUGAAGCAAUUACCUGUGCUUGUCUAAAGGCCUUUAUCAGUAUAACAGACAGCGAUGCAGAGAUGGUGAAUCUGGAUCCUGCUGGUGUCUCGUUCAUGGAUAUGUUGAUCACCAAAGACAGUACACAGGUUGGCUCGCAAAAUGGUUCGAGCUAUACCUCUGUAAAGAAUGAUCGCUUAGAAAUUAUGGACAGAGAUGCUGCAGUCCCAAAGGUGAACAUGCAAAUUCCACUUGAAGAACCAUGUCCAGUUAGCUUAAAUAAGGCUGUCCUAUUAAAUGAAAUCUUGCAGGCGCCAUACAGUGAAAAUUACCUCCUUCCACACCUCAAAGACCUUUCUUCCCAGCAUGCUCUUGUCUUUCUCCAAUAUCUCCAAUUUCUUUACUUGAAGUAUUCCCAGGAUGCAUUUCCACAGAGAAAAGAAUUGAGAUCACCCACACUGAAUCAGGUAAUGGAUUGGGUAUGCAUGGUAUUGGAUGCCCAUUUUACAGUUUUAGUGAUGACUCCAGAAGCAAAGGGGUUACUUUUUAAACUGCACACCUUUGUCAAGUCUCAGGUGAAACUGUUUUCAGAGCUCGGAAAGAUUGGAAGUAGCCUCCAGGAGAUCAAAACAAUGAAAGCAAAAAAGGACAUUGGACAAUAUUCAAUUGAAGUUCUCGAACUGUAUUAACAAGGACACUUACACUAUUUUAAAUAAAUUUUCUUUUUAUAA